AUGUCAGACGAGCCGGGAGGUGCCGAUAAUGUAAUUGACAUCGUACAGGACAAUGCAGAUGACGCGUGGGAUUGUAUUAAGCAAUUGAAGAAAUUACGUUGCUGUAACAACUCAUCCACCGCAGCCACCGGCACAAGCACCUCCGGAACUGCUGGCAGCACAGCCACAACCGCUGUUACUGCUACUACCGCAGCCACUGUCGGAACUACCACUGCCAUCGCCGCUGUCACCGUGCUAGGUGUUGUAGCUGUUGUCACCACAGUCACGGCUAUACUACUCACCAGAAACACUGGAACUAAUGAAACCAUUACAAACAUGACUACUUUACUUCCAAAUAUAUCUUUUUCGGUUACUCAGACUGAAUUGACAACACUUUUCAAUACUACAUCAUUGAAUGACAUAACUUCGCCGCAUGUAUCAACACCAACUGCCAAACAGACGACGGAGUUAACGACGACUAUAUCCACGGAAACCAGGAGCCAACAUGUAUCUACCACGCUCUUAUCAACAACAGGACGUCUACCCACUACAAAAGAUAUCAGUACACGAUUAGUGACCACAAUGCCUGCUACAACUGAGUCUGUACCGCCACCGACAACUCUCAGUGCUAUCACGCCAGAACUAGUCUCCAGUACACGAAUCGUGACUACACUGGCGGCUACCACUGAAUCUAAGCCAACAACAAUCAUAGCUACCACACCAAAACAAGACACCAGUACACAGACCAUGACUACACAGGCUGCUACCACAGAGUCGGAACCAACAACACUAAUUAUUACCACACCAAAACCAGACACGAGUACACAAACUAUGACAACAUUGUCUGCUACCACUGAAUCUGAACCAACAACACCUUUUACUACCACUCCUAAACCAGACACUAGUACAGGAAUCACGACUACACUGGCUGCUACAACAGAGUCGGAACCAUCAACACUGAAUAUUCUCACAGCAAAACUAGUGAUCAGCACACAUUCUGCUACUACUCUGGCUGCUACUACCGAAUAUGAAGCAACGACACUAUUUACUACAACCCCAAAACCAGUGGUUUCCUCAGAAUUUCUGACUACAUAUACCCCGACAACUACGUUAGCAGCAACCACAAGUGUCUAUAGUACAUUUGAUCCAGAUCGUCCCUUUAUUAAUAUUGGAUGCACUCGAUACCAGAUAUAUCUUGGGAAACUAUCGUGGGACGAAGCUAAGACAUCCUGUGAAAAUAAUGGAGGCGCACUUGCUUCGUUGCACACAGAAAAUAUCAACGAAAAGGUCAUAGAAUUCAUCGAAAAUAGUAAUUUGGACGAUGGAUACACUGAUUAUUGGAUUGGCUUGAAUGAUGUUUCCAAUGAAGGGAGUUUUGUAUGGGUAAACGGAGAGCCAUUUGUUUACACGUAUUGGUCGUUGGGGAAUCCGGACAAUACAAAUAAUCAAGACUGUGUACAGUUAUGGUGA